ACUGACAAUAUAGUCAUGCAAGUAAUGUCAUUCAGCUUUAAUUUAUGCAUCUCAUGAAAAGAAGUGAAAUAUUUAGGAAAUUUAAAUGCCUUGAAAUGAACCAAGCCAUCGUCCAUGGUGGUUGGCUUACCAAGCAAGGUGGAUUGCUCAAAGUUUGGAGAAGAAGAUGGUUUGAAAUUAAAGGAGAUAUAUUGUAUUACUAUAAAGAACAAGGUGAUGGAAGGCCUUUGGGAGAAGUUAUGCUACCUGGUAACCAAAUCAUUAAACAUCCAGUGGAUCCUCAAAAUGAUCCUGGUAGAUACAAAAUGGAAAUUAUUCCUGGAGCUGAUAAAGAAGGCCCAGUAAACAGUAAUCAUGAAUCAUACCUCUUGUCAGCCUCGUCAGAAGCAGAAAGAGAUAAGUGGAUGCAAGUCAUUGAGAGAAUUAUAUAUGCGCCAAUUGGAGGCGGUAUGUUUGGUAGAAAUUUGGCAGACACUGUGAUGCACGAGUUUCGUAAAAGUGGAGGGUAUAUUCCAAUCUUUGUUGAACGAUGUGUGGAAUUCAUUCGUGAAAAAGGGCUCAAUGAAGAAGGUUUGUUUAGAUUACCUGGAGAUAACCAACAAGUGACAUUGCUUCGAGAUGCGUUCAAUAAAGGAAAAGAUCCUAUCCUUCCAGGAGAUACUGAUGUACACACAGUGGCCUCUAUAUUAAAAAUGUACCUACGAGAACUGCCCGAGCCUGUUAUACCUUUUGAAAACUUUGGACCUCUCAUAGCUACUAUAGAAUUGUAUGAACUACAUGAAGAGGACGCAUUGCGAAAAAUUGGUAAUCAACUUGCAGAAAUACCAAAAACAAGUUUUAACUUGUUAAAGUACUUGUGUCGUUUCCUUCAUGAAGUUCACGAGCAUUCUUUUGAAAAUAAAAUGACAGCGGACAACCUCGCUUUAGUAUUUGGACCUAAUAUUCUUAGCCCUGAGUCCGAGGCUGAUCCUCAAUUGCUAAUGGAAAGCUCAACAUUGAUAAGUAAGCUAACCAAAAUAUUUAUUUGUAAACAACAAGUAUUAUUUAAGAAGACUGAAGAUGAAGAAGAAUUUUUGCGUCGAAGAAGAGAGAGGCAAGGAAAUCUCAUUGACUUCACUUAUAUGGAUUGUGCUGGAAGUCCAACAAUUAACCAAAGAUUUGACUUCAAUAUACCCUUAACCCCAACAACAGAUGCAAACUCCAAUUCGCUUGAUCCUUCUUUAGGACGAGGUGAUGCUGAACUGGAACUAGAAAGUGAACUGGAGCUUCAACGGCGGCAAUUCGAAGCUGAAAUUGCUGAAUUAACUUCGAAACUAGAAGAUGAAAAGAAAAUUCGAUCUAUGUUAAUAUUACGCGUGCAGGAUGAAAGAAGAGCAAGGGUCGCUGUUGAAGAAAGACUUAAAUUAUUGGAGAGUGGAAUAGACGAACUAAUUGAGUCAAUGAGUAAUAGCACAACAUUGAAAGAACGUUUGUCUGCGUACAGAGAUCAUGAUAACGAAUAGCCGAGUGAGCAAGUAAUGUAGGGCACAUAAUUUUAAAUGGGUUGUUAGCCACCAUUUUAAAACAAGAAAGGCAGUAUCGGGCAUUAAAAACACAAAUCUUUCGAUGAAAGAAUUAUACCACGGUUAUACUACACUGCACAGCAGUUAAUAGAGCUGUCUAUUUCAUUAUCAUUUUAAAAUAUUGUCUUCGUCAUAAUUGAUGUGGACUAGUUAGUCAUCUGCGACUUUAAACAACUUGCUAAUUCGAAUAUCGUUAUCGCCCAGUCAUUAUAGUUGAUUUGACUGAUACUUCAUUAGUGACUAACCAUUUUUUUCGUAUGUAUACAAUAACAUGGUCAAUGAUAUGUAAUAUACACUUCCAUCUCAAACUAUGCAUGUAUUUAUUUUUUCAGUGUUAGGUGAUUCUAAGUAAGAGGAAAAUUGAUGAUUUAUUGAAAAAUCUUGUAAUUACUAAUCAGGGUUUCCACAAGGUAUUUGCAUAUGGCGUCCUCAUAGGCGGAUAGCAAUGAAAAAUAACGAUGAAUAAUAAUGAGUAAUAAUAAUGAAUAAUACCUUGAAAAGAAUGCAUAACAUAUCCUAUUAACACAGAUCCCUCCCUCCGUUGUGGUUGUCAAUUGGGAUGGGAGGAAAUUUCCUUGCAUUGUGGACAUGGGCGUAACUAGAACGGUAAUUGGAAGGGGGGGGGUGAAUAUUCAUAUAU